UGGGAGCGGGCGCUGUUGGGGUGUGCGGAGGCGGGAGCGCGGCGGGGCCGCUCCGGGUCGUGAGGGGGACCCGGCCCCGGUGCUCGCAGGGACCGGCUCCGCCUCCGCUGAGCCCCCCGGGUGCUCUCCGGGACUCGCUCCGGUUUCGCCAGUUCUUCGGUGCCCGCGGGGACCGGUCUGGUCUCUCUGAACUCCCGGCUGCCAUCAAGGACCGGCCCGGCUCGCUGAGCCCCCGGUGCCCGCAGGGCCCGGCUCCGAUCCCGCGGAGCCCUCGGUGCCCGGCAUGGGGCUGCUGACCCAGCUAGUCCGCGGGUUGGUGCGCGGCGCCGACCGCGUGUCGCCGUUCACCAGCAAGCGCGGCCCCCGGAGCCACAACAAGGGCCGCGGUGCCAAGAAGCUGGGCGUGCUCACCCGCAACAAGAAGUUCCUCCUCGUCAAGGAGAUGGUGCCCGAGUUCGUCGUGCCCGACCUGACGGGCUUCAAGCUGCGGCCCUACGUGUCGUACCGCGCCCCCGAGGGCUCCGAGCCGCCCGUGACGGCCAAGCAGCUCUUCGACCAGCUGGUGGCCCCGCGCAUCGAGAAGGACGUGAAGGACGGCACAUUCGACCCCAACAACCUGGAGAAGUACGGCUUCGAGCCCACGCAGGAGGGCAAGCUCUUCCAGCUCUUCCCCAAGAACUACGUGCGGUAGGGAGCGGGCCAGUGCGGGCCAGGCCCCGUCACUGAACAUUACAGCAAACCCUUCUGCCUUGUUCUGUAAUACCUGAUUGAAAUCCUGGUGAAAUCUGCGGUUUGAUUUCCCAUCCGUGUCUGGUAAUAUCCUCUGGGAGACAGUCGUGCCUGCUGAGCAGAGCCUCUCUGGGGUUCUGAGGAUGAGGGGUCUCUGACGUUUCUAAAUACAAAGUACUGCAAAGUUUAAGAAUUAAACUUUAAAAAUUAAA